AAUAAAAAAUACACCGUAUAUUGGUUUGUCCGAAACAAUCGAUCUCACUACGGUUUUGGGAUAAUUAGGGUUCAUCAAUUCUGGUGAGUUUUAGGGUCAAGUAAACGGUCUAAUCUACUCUCCCCCUUCAAUAUACAGUAGAAAGCCUCAGAAUUUGAGCUUCGAUAGUGUUGAAUUGCUUUGAGAAUUACAGUUAAAAAGUUACUGAAAAGCAAUGCUUAGCGUUAUAAGAGUGCAUCUACCGUCGGAGGUACCUAUUGUUGGCUGCGAACUCACACCUUACGUGCUUCUCCGGCGGCCCGAUAACACCGCCACCACCGAUGAUGUGCCAGAGUCAGCCCCGCUUGAUGGUCAUUUCUUGAAAUACAGAUGGUAUCGUGUACAGAGCGAUAAGAAAGUUGCUAUUUGUAGUGUACAUCCAUCCAAGGAGGCCACAUUACAGUGUCUUGGAUGCCUAAAGACAAAGGUUCCCGUCACCAAAAGCUACCACUGUUCAACUAAAUGCUUUACAGACGCGUGGCAGCAUCACCGUGUGUUGCACGAGCGUGCUGCUGCGGAAGGAAACGAGGAAGAAGAGUUGCUCCGUUUGAAUAGCUCAGGCUCCGUCUCUAGCAUCCUCAGCACCGUUAGUAGUUUAACAAACGGGUCAUCCUCAGUUCAUCCCUCGGCCGUAACUCAAAAGACUGGCGCAGGAGGGGAAACACUUGUUGAGGUUGGACGGUCCAAGGCAUACACACCGAUGGCUGACGAUGUGGGGCAUGUUUUGAAGUUCGAGUGUGUAGUGGUCAAUGCAGAGACAAAACAGAACGUUGGCCAUCCUUGUACUAUAUUGACUUCACGUGUUAUUCCAGCUCCCUCACCUUCUCCGCGUAGGAUGAUCCCUGUUAGUGGAGCUGUGGAUUCUAAUGGCAGACCUAUGUCUAUGGGAUCAUUCACUGUACUGUCUUAUAAUAUAUUGGCUGAUGCGUAUGCUAGUAGCGACAUGUAUAUUUACUGCCCCACAUGGGCUCUUUCCUGGACAUACCGUAGACAGAAUUUAUUACGGGAAAUUGUUAAGUACCAUGCGGAUAUAGUUUGUCUACAGGAGGUACAGAAUGAUCAUUUUGAUGAGUUCUUCGCUCCUGAGCUGGAUAAGCAUGGAUACCAAGCUCUAUUUAAAAGGAAAACAAAUGAGGUCUUCGUCGGAAAUACAAACACAAUUGAUGGAUGUGCUACUUUUUACAGAAGAGACAGGUUUUCUCAUGUUAAAAAAUACGAGGUUGAGUUCAAUAAGGCUGCACAAUCUUUGACUGAGGCUCUUAUUCCUUUGCCCCAAAAGAAAAUUGCUUUGAAUCGAUUGGUUAAGGACAAUGUAGCAUUAAUAGUUGUCCUGGAAGCAAAGUUCGGUAACCAGGCUGCUGAUAUUCUUGGGAAGCGCCAGCUACUUUGUGUGGCUAACACACAUGUAAACGUAUCUCAUGAACUGAAGGAUGUAAAGCUCUGGCAGGUUCACACAUUAUUGAAGGGACUGGAGAAAAUAGCUGCCAGUGCAGAUAUUCCAAUGCUUGUGUGUGGUGAUUUCAAUACAGUACCAGCAAGUGCUCCUCAUUCACUUCUUGCUAUGGGGAAGGUUGAUCCAAUGCAUCCAGAUUUGAUGGUUGAUCCUCUUGGAAUUUUGCGCCCUCACACCAAACUAACUCAUCAGCUGCCAUUGGUUAGUGCUUACUCGUCCUUUGCAAGAAUGGGAGGAAGCCUUACUGCUGAGCAGCAAAGGAGAAGAAUGGAUCCUGCCUCAAAUGAACCCUUGUUUACCAACUGUACCAGGGACUUUAUAGGCACACUUGAUUACAUAUUUUACACAGCGGAUACGCUAACAGUGGAAUCGUUAUUGGAGCUGCUGGAUGAAGAGAGCUUGAGGAAGGACACGGCUCUUCCAUCUCCAGAAUGGUCUUCUGAUCACAUUGCACUUUUGGCUGAGUUCCGCUGCAUGCCCAAGACCAGACGCUGAUUCUGCAAACACACAGAUGAAGCAAAUAUUUUAUGGAGAUACCAUAAGCUGUAACCGGCGCUUAAAGACUGGACCCAGUGGAGAUGAUUAAGCUACAUGAGGCAGAUGGAUAAUCGCUUUAUGGUUUGGGAUUGUACUCAAUAUCACAGUUUUAUUUCCUUUCACCUCACUGUAAGAUCAGUCUAUGGUUCCUUGUUUUUCUUCUUCUCAUAGUGAUUCCUCUUUGCAUGUAGAUUUUUCUUCCAUGGCUUGUAAUGGUAAUAAUGUAAACUUAGAUUCUUCAAGAAAGUAGUGGCUUGAGUUUACAGUCGCU